UUAAUGACAUCGAAAUUUAAUUUUAAAGAUGAGUCCUUUCCCGGCAUACAGCCGCCUGUUGAAAAAUUGCUGACGCUAUUAGUAUUAACCACCAACAGCCACCAACGCUGCUGCCGUCGUUCGUAGAGAACCAUGCCAAUUUCUUCAGUUUAACGGCCUUAAUUUUUGUGGGUCCAUUCCAUUGAUCUCCCUCUCUGGUUGCUAUAAUUGUAUAAAUAAAUAAAUAAAAAUAAAAAAUUAAACAGAGACCACUCACCCACCACGAGUCCACAACAACUCGCUUCUGGAAAAAUAUUCCAUUUUUUGUUCAUUCCUCAGAUGGAAAAUGAGCCUUGUAUAGCCUCCCAAACAAGGCCUCAGCUCCAACCCAUUCUCGAACACCAUGAUCUCCCCUCGACUCUCCCUCAGUCUCUCUACUCUCCUUUAAUCUUCUCUGAAAUCCAGGACCACCCAACAGAUCAACCCUCUUCUACAUCCAGACUCCCGACGGACGACAGAUGGAAACCGGGUUCUCUCCACCGCUGCAAAACGGCUCCAGCUAUGGUCGUAAUGCGAGGCUUGAAGCCACAACCACCCCAAGAUCCCAAACCACAAUCCGACUCCGGCUCCAUUAUCAGGCAAUCCAUUUUCCUGCUGUUUAUGUAUCUACUUCUUGGCGUGGUUAUCUACUCGUUUAACAGAGAUAACUUCUCCGGUGUGGAAACCCAUCCGGUUGUCGAUGCCCUCUAUUUCUGUAUAGUAACUAUGUGUACUAUUGGCUAUGGUGAUAUAGCUCCUUUGACACCAGGAACAAAAGUCUUUGCCUGCGUAUUUGUAUUGGUUGGUUUUGGAUUCAUAGACAUAUUACUUAGUGGGGUUGUUAACUACGUUCUUGAUUUGCAAGAGAGCAUGAUCUUGGCUGGGAUUCAAAUGGGCAAAGCCCACCAAGGAUUUUCAGCUAGGGAUUACAUUGUCGAUGUUGAGAAGGGCAGGAUGAGGAUACGGUUGAAAGUUGGAUUGGCACUUGGCGUGGUGAUUUUGUGUAUUGGAAUGGGUAUGUUGGUUCUGUACUUUGUAGAGGAUCUGGAUGGGAUUGAUGCGAUAUAUUUAGCAGUUAUGUCAGUUACUACAGUUGGGUAUGGUGAUAGGGCAUUUAAGACUCUGCCCGGAAGGCUGUUUGCAGCUAUUUGGCUUUUGGUUUCAACGCUGGCGGUGGCAAGGGCGUUUCUUUAUUUGGCAGAAGCUAGGAUUGAUAAAAGGCACAGAAGGAUCACCAAGUGGGUUUUGCAUAGGGAUAUUACCGUUGACGACUUGCUUGCUGCGAAUAUCAAUAACAAUGCUUUCAUUAGCAAAUCAGAAUAUGUAAUCUACAAGCUCAAAGAGAUGGGGAAGAUUGAGGAGAAAGAUAUAUUGCAGAUAUGCGAUCAAUUCAGCAAACUAGACCCCAACAACUUGGGAAAGAUAACUUUACCUGAUUUGUUGGAGAACCAUUUAUGACAACUAAUAAACAGAUUAUUUUAAUCUGUAUUUUUUUAACAGCAGCAACUAGAGUUAUGUCCUCAUCCUUGGACUAGGACAAAGGGAAUCAGGAACUUGAGAGAUGGUAACAGAUUAGCCACUGUGUUGUCGCAUGAAGAACUGUACAGUCAUGGAGGAUGGCUCUGGAGCUAAAACAAUGAUCACAGGAGAAAACAAGGAAGGAAAAUGCUUUGUUGCCUUCCUUUACGAACUCCUUCGACUCCCGGCCCCAUCUCCCCAAAUCUAGAAUACUAUUUUUUGGGGCCUUGAAUUGUAUGACAAAUUGACAAUGUGAUUCCGCAUUGUUAUUGAAACAAUUCCAAAUGGGAAAAAUGCAAUGAGAAGAUUAUAUAUAAAAUCAACUAAAUUAUACUCUCAGAUUAGUUAACAUCACUGUAGCAUUGCAAAUUUGCAAUAGAAUUCAUUAGAAGAGGUCUGAAGGACAAAUGAUGUUUAAGGUAAAAAUGAGAAAAAAAUAGAUUAAAUCACCAACUGGUACUAGAUGGAACAAAGCAUUGGUCGAGUUUUUAGAACCUGGUCUUUUUUAUUGGCAAUAAUGAACAGAGAUAUUGAAUUCACAGUUUCAGGCUUCCGUUGUGGGAUUCUUGAAAUCCUGUUAUGUUCACAUGGCCCUAUUAAAAUCUUGAGACAAUCGGAGGAAUUGUUCUCCUAGCAACUA